AUGGUCCCAAAUUCAUCUAUCGACAGUUUCGAGAACCCGAACGAUAAACAACCUAUUUCCAAUAAUAAAAGAACUAACAAUGCUGCAUCUUGCAAUGUUUGUAGACAGAGAAAAGCCAAAUGCGUCUAUUUAAGUGGUGAUCAAUGCAAGCGAUGUAUUGAACAGAAUCUCAAGUGUAUUUCUGACCCACAAAAAAAGAGAGGACCUAAAGAAAAAAAUUCUAGAACACCAUUUAAAGAUAGAACAAAUUUAAAUGGGAAUGGUCUAACUUUACUUGCCCUAAUUCAAAAAACUCUGUCGAUCAGGAAUUUAUUUGAAAAUUAUUUAGCAGCAAGUAACGAACAGCCAUUACUCAAUUUAAUUUUGACAAUGCUCAAUUUAAUUUUGACAAUACUCAAUUUAAUCCAAACCGGAAAUUUGAAUAUAAAUUCUUCGAGCAAUGAUGAAUUAUACUUUGCAGAAGAUUUGUUGAGAAUUCUAAUGACCAAUCUGCAAAACAGAAAUUUAGUUGAAAACUCUUCAGGAAUAAAUAAUAUGCAGUUAAACAAUGACCCAAUGUUUACCGAUUCAACCCAAGAAAGUUUUCCAAGCAAAUCUUUGGUCGAAAAUUCUUCGGUAAUAAAUAUGCAAAAUUUUUUUAAAACGCCAAGUCAAAAAAAUCGACUAAGGAGACGAGAAGUCAUAAACCACAAAUUUGGUGUUGGCUUGCAUAGGAACGUUUCUAAUCCAAAUACUCCGUGUUCUUCAAGUUGUGUGACCUCAAUGUAUUCAGACUACGAGCAAAAAAACUCGUCCUUUUUACAAUUCCCAGAAAUAACCCCACAUAAUUUUGCAGACUUAACAUCUCCCAUUCCAAUGCCAUUAUUUGAUAACGCGUCACCUCUCAUCACUGCAGAUUCUCAGGCUAUGUCAACAUUAUUAUCACCUUUUAUUCCUCAUGCCACGUCAAUGCCAUCGCUUAAAUUGGGUUCGCCUCUUAUCAAUUUCUCUAUGGAUUUUCAAACCACAUCAACAUCACCUCUUGUCAAUUUCAUAUCAAUGCCAUUUUUGGGUGAUGCAACACCUCAUGCCAAUUUCACCACAGAUCCUCAUGUCACAUCAAUGCCAUCGCUUGAAUUGGUUCCACCUCUUCUCAAUUUCUCUAUGGUGAAUUCAACAUCUCUUACAAAUUCUACCACGAAUUCCCAGGCUAUGCCAUUAGUUAAUUCUGAAAAAACAUUCAACCAGUUUCAUAAUGGAACAAAUUCUGUUGAAAGAGAUGACACGUUUUGA